GUUGUGCGCAUCAGGGCGACUGAAAGCAGCGCGGUGCACGCCGGGACUUCCUUUCUCUCCGAGGCCAUAUUGGAGUAAACCCAGGUGGCCUGGUCCGGACGCAAACCGCAAACAUGGUGGCUGCCAAGAAAACGAAAAAGUCGAUGGAGUCCAUCAACUCCAGACUUCAGCUGGUGAUGAAGAGUGGAAAGUACGUCCUGGGCUACAAACAGUCUCUGAAGAUGAUCCGUCAGGGGAAAGCCAAGCUGGUCAUCCUGGCCAACAACUGUCCUGCCCUCAGGAAAUCUGAGGUGGAGUAUUACGCCAUGUUGGCCAAGACUGGUGUCCAUCACUACAGUGGCAACAACAUCGAGCUGGGAACAGCCUGCGGUAAAUACUUCAGGGUGUGCACACUGGCCAUCAUUGAUCCUGGCGAUUCUGACAUCAUCAGGAGCAUGCCAGAUCAGCAGCAGCAGGCUCAGUAGAGCUGGAAUUGUUAUAAAUAAAGUUGGUGUUAAAACAA